UCUGUUUUUUUUUUUUUGUCUUUUCAGUCUUGUCGCCAGCCGCCCGCGCACAACUCGAGCUGCAGAGUAGGACCCAGGGGGAGCUAGGCUCCUAGCGGAACCUUGGUGGAUAGACCCCUCAUCAGCGGUUGGUCAGUGUGUUCCCUUCCCUGCUCCCUCCACCAUCAAAGAUGAAAAGGCCUUGCUCUUGUUGCUCCUAUUGUCCUGUUGUCCUGUUGGUCAGUUGAAUUGUCCUGUCGAUUUGCCCUGUCGACUUGCUUGCCCAACCUCGCCUUGUCUGUGCCAACCUCCUCCUUUGACCAGCACGCAUUCCUGGCUCGAGCUGAGUCGGGGCAGUUGCAGCCGCUGUCUUCUGCCACAACUCGAUCCAUCCAUCCAUUGCCAGGGUCCAGGGGCCCGAUAUUGCGACUGGGUUCCUAGCCUGCCAUCCUCCAUGUGUUUUUCUGCUCCUUGUCCAACUCCUCCCCGCCUGGGCUAAAUCAUAUUUUCUUUUCCCUGUCCUUUUUCACCUUGGUACCCAAGAGCAAAUUCCUGUCGCCCGAUAUCUGAUCUCUUUUUUUUAUCGUUUGGGAGGAAAACCGCCGGAUUGGCCCGACCUGUCUGCAGUUUCCCAGCCACCCUAGUAAGGGCGCGCACGAGGGCCGCAUCGCAUCUCAUCGCGUACUGGUCGCGGCGAGCACCGUCUGAAGCUCCAAGUGUGAACCCUCGCCAAGCCUGGAGCAGCCACUGAAGCAGCCACACCAUAUAGACGGCACAGUUCAGUGUCGGACUCGAGACCAUGCCGCCGUCGUCGAGAAACCCGACGACCUGGGACGAGUAUGAGCGCGGGGGCUCCCCCAACCGCCAGGGGAGUGUGUCCUCGGUGGGCGCACGAAGCGGCCGAAGCGUCCAGUUCCAGGAGGAACAAGCCCUCCUGGAAGAUUCCGACGCCCCCGGCGAUGAUGGCGAUGGCACCGAGUGGCAGGGCAGGCUCCGCCGUAGAAGGAGCUCCGUAACCAUGCGCCUGGCCUCCAUCGCCGACAUUGGCGGCGUCAACAGCAUGAGGUCCUUCACUAAAAGCUGGCAGCGUGCCGCCGGCUUCGCCGAGGUCAUCCCGCAGCGCCCCUCGUUCGUCUUCGCACCCGAUCAGGCCCCGACACUGGGUCCGGCCAACGAUAUCGAGUAUGGCCGCAGUCAGUCCGAGGCCGGCCUCCUGCGCCCGCCCUCUGGCAAGCCUGGCCCCUCGCUGCUGCGCCAGCAUCUGGACGCUGCCGCCGCCUCGCCUCCGGGACCCGAGGCCGCAGGGCCCGCCGACCAUCAGGGCCCCGCUUCUCCUACCGCUGCCGACCAGCAGCAACAACAGUCCGACGCCGAUUUUAGGGAGCGCGAGCGCAAGGCCCUGGUGGACAACAGCGACCUCCCUCAAAUCUUCCGUGCAGGCGGCAACGCUACGGGCGCCGCCAUGGGCCGAUCCCCAUCCAUCUUUGCAAUCCCGCCGCACCUGGCCACGCCGGCCGUCAGCAGCGGCUCCGACCCAUACGGCGGCAUCUACGGCGGCUCGUAUGGCUCAUACCGCUCCCACCGUAGCAUGAGCUAUGGCACCAUCCGCUCUCGCGACGAGUCGCCCCGUGGUGGCACCGUAUCCGUGGCUCCAGUCGCUGGCGCCCGGGGCUCCAUCUGGGGUCCGCCGGCCGAAGAGGGCCCGGACAGCGAGGUGCAGCCGAUCCUGGUCAAGGAGGUGGAGCAGGACGGCAAGGUCGUCCUCACGGUCGAGGGACAGUCGACGCUGCCCCAGACCAUCUUCAACUCCAUCAACGUGCUGAUCGGGGUCGGACUCCUCUCGCUGCCCAUGGGUAUCAGAUACGCCGGCUGGCUGUGUGGCAUGGGCUUUCUCUUUGCCGCCGCCGCCGUGACGGCUUACACGGCCUCACUGCUCACACGCUGCAUGGACCUGGACCCGAGCCUCAUCACCUUCAGCGACUUGGCCUUCAUUUCCUUCGGUAGCAAGGCCCGUAUCGCCACCAGCAUCCUCUUCACCCUCGAGUUGCUCGCCGCCUGCGUCGCCCUCAUCGUCCUCUUCGCCGACUCGCUGGACCUUCUUUUUCCAGGUUUCCUGUCCGUGACCCAGUGGAAGGUGGCGUGCGCGCUGAUACUGCUGCCGCUGCACUUCAUGCCCCUGAGCCUGCUCUCGUACAGCAGUAUCGUAGGCAUCUUUUCGUGCUUUUGCAUUGUUCUCAUCGUCGUCAUCAACGGCCUCAUCAAGCCCGACAGCCCCGGCUCCCUCAUCCAGCCCGCGGCUACGUACCUGCUCCCCGCCAACUGGCUGACCCUCCCUCUUUCUUUUGGCCUGCUGAUGUCCCCGUGGGGAGGCCACAGCGUCUUUCCCAACAUCUACAGGGAUAUGCGCCACCCUUACAAGUACGGCCAGGCAGUCAAGGUUACCUUCACUUUCACGUACUUCCUUGACGCGGCCACGGCCGUUGCCGGCAUCCUGAUGUUCGGCGACGACGUCAAGGAUGCCAUCACUUCAAACAUCCUAACGACACCGGGAUAUCCUCGCGUCUUGACCUUUUUGAUGUGCGCCUUCAUCGGCAUCAUCCCGCUAACCAAGAUCCCGCUCAACGCUCGCCCAAUCAUCACGACGCUCGAGGUCCUAUUUGGCGUCUACCACCAGCAACAGCCUGUGGACACCUCGGAUGAUCCUGGCCUGGACUGCCCGCCCGAGAUCCAGCAGCAGCCUUCGGCAUCGACUCUCGCCUUCAAGAGGGGCGCCAUCCGCGUUCUUACCAUUUUCAGCUUUCUCAUCAUCUCCAUCUUGUUCCCAGCGUUUGACAGGAUUAUGGCUUUUAUGGGGAGCGCGCUGUGCUUCAGCAUCUGUGUAACCCUACCCAUCGCCUUUUACCUGAAGCUUUUCGGUAACGAAAUCAGCGGCAAAGAGAAGACGGUUGCAUGGGCCAUCAUGCUCACUUCGGCGCUCCUCUCCUUGGUGGGCACUGUCUGGGCAUUUCUGCCCAAGAAACUCAUCUUGGCGCAGUGAGAGAAGGAUGGCCAGGCAAGACGAUCAAAGAGAGGUAAGGAAAAAUAAAACGUAU